AUUCGUAAAUGUUCAAUCAAAAUAACCUCUCGCAAUUUUGAAUUUGAAAGAAAAAUCAUACAACUUUAAUAAUAAAUGGUGUUUGUAUUAUGAAAUAUUACCAAAAUGAUUCGUUCUUUAAGAUGUCUCAAUUUAACAGCACAUAAGGUCAGAAAAAUCGCACAGUGCGUACAAAAGAGCCAAUUUCACGUAUCUGCAGGUCUAAGGCAUGGUGAAUACGAAUGGCAGGAUCCUAAGUCAGAAGACGAAGUGGUAAAUGUAGUGUAUGUUGAUAAAGAUGGUAAGAAAACCAAAGUAAGAGGUAAAGUAGGAGAUAAUGUAUUAUAUUUAGCGCACAGAUAUGGCAUUGAAAUGGAAGGAGCGUGUGAAGCUUCACUAGCAUGUACAACAUGCCACGUUUAUGUAAAUCAUGAUUAUUGUGAUAAACUACCUCCAUCUGAAGAGAAGGAAGAUGACCUUUUGGACAUGGCACCGUUUUUGAAAGAAAAUUCUAGAUUGGGUUGCCAGAUAACAUUAACCAAAGACCUUGAAGGAAUGGAGCUACAGUUACCGAAAGCCACAAGAAACUUUUAUGUUGACGGACAUAAACCAACUCCACAUUAGUGAAUAUAAAAUAAAACUAUUAAGCCAUUAUGAGUCGUUAAAAGGAUAUAUUUGAAAUAUACAAAAAAGUAUUUUGAUCUGUAAUUGCUUUGAGCACCAAAAUUUUUUGUAAAAUUGUAUUUAUAAUUAUUUC